CCGCCGCCUUUGCGGAAGUGGGGCGGCUUCCGGCAGGGCCGGGUUUCCCGGGAACGGCUCGGGAUUUCCCGGGAACGGUUCGGGAUUUCCCGGGAACGGCUCGGGAUUUCCCGGGAACGGCUCGGGAUUUCCCGGGAACGGCUCGGGAUUCCCUCGGGAUGCUCCGCGCGCUGCUCAUGGCCGCGCUGGCGGCGGGGCUGUGCCUGGGGAAUUCCGUGGAGAGGAAGAUUUACAUCCCCCUGAACCACACGGCGCCCUGCGUGCGCCUGCUGAACGCCACGCACCAGAUCGGCUGCCAGUCGUCGCUCAGCGGGGACACGGGCGUGAUCCACGUGGUGGAGAAGGAGGAGGAUCUGGAAUGGGCCCUUUCCAAAGGGCCUCACCCCCCCUACAUGAUCCUGCUGGAUGGGAAUCUCUUCUCCAGGGAGAUUUUGAUGCAGCUGAAGGGAACUUCCAGGAUCUCCGGCCUGGCCGUGGCCGCUGCCCCUCGCGCCCCUUCCCAAGGAUUUUCCCCAGGAUUAAAGUGUCCCAACGAUGGAUUUGGGCUGUACUCAGAGCAGCAUGGGCCAGAGUAUGCUCACUGCAAUGGCUCCAUCUGGAACCCCUUGGGCAGUGGGGUCUCCUACGAGGAUUUCCCCUUCCCCAUUUUCCUGCUGCAGGAUGCCAACGAGACAGAAGUCAUCAAAGAGUGUUUCCGUGCCCACAACGCGCCGGCGGCUCCGGGCGCGGCGCCGCGGUUCCCGCUGUGCGCCAUGCAGCUGCAGUCCCACAUGCACGCGGCCGCCAGCACCGUCACCUGCAUGCGGCGCAGCUCGCUGCAGAGCGCCUUCAGCAUCAACCCAGAGAUUGUGUGUGACCCCCUGCUGGAUUACAACAUCUGGAGCUCCCUGAAACCCAUCAAUGCCUCGGGGAAGGUGGAGCCUGAGCAGCGCCUGAUCCUGGCAGCCACACGGGUGGACAGCCACUCCUUUUUCUGGAACGUGGCCCCCGGGGCCGAGGCCGCGGUCGGUUCCUUCGUGUCGCUGCUGGCGGCUGCCCAGGCCCUGCAGGGAGCCCCGGGGGCCCAGCAGCUCCCCAGGAACGUCCUGUUCGUCUUCUUCCAGGGGGAAACCUUUGAUUACAUCGGCAGCUCCCGGCUGGUUUUUGACAUGGAGCAGGAGAAAUUCCCGCUGCGCCUGGAGAACAUCGGGGCCUUCCUGGAGCUGGGCCAGGUUUCCCUCAGGAAUGACUCCGUGCUCUGGAUGCACACGGAUCCCAUUUCCCGCCAGAACCAAUCCGUGGAAUCCCAGGUGCAGAAUCUCCUGGAUGUGCUCCGCAGCUCCAGCUCCGGCUCCAACGUUUCCCUGCAGGAUCCGGGGUUUUCCCAGCCCCUCCCCCCCUCGUCAUUCCAGAGGUUCCUGAGAUCCCGGAAUAUUCCAGGGGUGGUGCUGAGCGACCACCGGACAGCGUUCCACAACAGGUAUUUCCAGAGCAUCUACGACACGGCCGAGAACAUUGGGAUGAGUUAUCCCGAGGGAUUGAGUCCGGAGGAGAGGCUGGAAUUCGUCACUGACACUGCCAAGGCGCUGGCCGAGGUGAGCACGCUGCUGGCCCGGGCUCUGUUCGCUCUGGCCGGGGGAACUGGCAGCACUGAGAGCAUCAGGGCAGAUCCCAAAACGGUGACCCGGCUGCUCUAUGGAUUCCUGCUCAACUCCAACAAUUCCUGGUUCCAGUCCCUGAUCAAACCUGACCAGAAGGGAAUCCUGGGCCCGUUUCCCCAGCACUACGUGGCUGUGACCAGCCCCACCAACACCACGCAGCUGCUGCAGGCUGUGCUGGCCAACCUGACCGGGAGCAGGGUGAACCUGAGCCGGGAGGAGUGCCAGGAUCCCGGGAAAACCCCGGGGCUGCAGCCUGAGCUGUUCGAGUACUGGUGGGUGCAGGGCCCCCUGCAGCCCAACUCCUCGUCGCGUGCCGCGGGCUGCGUGCGCUCGUCCGUCCGUCUGUCCCCCGCGCUGUCCCCGGCCUUCGAGCUGCGCCGCUGGGACUCGCGCGAGUUCUCCACCUGGACCGAGAGCCGCUGGAAGGACAUCCGGGCACGCAUCUUCCUGGUGGCCAGCAGGGAGCUGGAGCUGCUGACCCUGUCCCUGGGUGUCCUGGUGCUGCUCCUGUCCCUGCUCUGCACUUUCCUCAUCAAUGCCAAAGCCUCGCUGCUCUUCGGGCUCCCAGCCCCUCCUGCCUCCUCAGGAUACUGAAAAUCCAGGAAAAAUUCAUGGAAUGGGACUGGAAAAUCUGGGAAUCAUCUCCCAGAUACUGAAAACCUCAUGGAAUUCUGCCCUGGAAAAGCUCCUGGUGCUGGAAGUGCCAGAGGUGUUCCCUGUAGGGGGGGAAAUUCCUGGAAUUCUGGGUUGGAUCCUCUGCCCUGAGGGGGAAAAAUCCCAAAAUUCCUGCUUGGAUCCAGUGCACUGAGUGAAAAAUUCCCAAAAUUUCAGGUUGGAUCAAUACCCUGAGUGAAAAAUUCCCAAAAUUCCCAGUUGGGUCCCAUGCCCUGGGUGGGAAAUUCCCAAAAUUCUUGUUUGGAUAUGAUGCCCUGAAUGAAAAAUUCCCUGAGUGGCCAAUUCCCAAAUUUUUCCUGGAAUUCCCAGUUGGAUCCAUCCUUUUUCCCAGGGUGGAGAUUUUCCAAAAUCCAGAUGAAGGAAGGAUAAAGAGGGGGAGAUUUUUUUGGGAAUUGUGAAGAAUUCCAGGGGGUCUGGGAAUGUCCUGAUGGAAAAAGUCCCUUUUUUUUUUUUUUUUCCUGAGAUUUGUAAAUAUUAUAAAUAAAUCCAUGGAAUUCCCAA